CCCCCCAUGUUCUCUCUUGUUAUUCGGAUUGAUUUGGAGGGCUAACUAAGUGCUACCUGUUCGUGUCUACCGCCAGCAAGUGGGCCAAGUUUUUAUUGUUUCCUGAAACAGCAGCGGGCGAGCUUUUUUACUGUUUCCCUCCAAAGAUAUGACACCUUUCUGAUUCACUUUAACCCAAAGGAAAGUUCCUAAAGACUCCACAUCAGCAGUGAUCACACACUUAUGCCCAGCCUGAUCAUGGAGCGCAAAAGAAAAGUUCUGCAGAGCAUCCUUGAAGAUAGCAAUCCCAUAGACCUGACAAACUCAGGCCACUUCUGCUUCAGCUGCGAACAGAUAUUUGCAAAUCAGAAAUGCUUGGAGGAACACUUGUGUCCCCUGGCAAGUUUCAUCUGCUCCUGUGGAACGGAGUUUACCGAGUACAAAGACAUGCUGGAGCACAGCACCACCCACGAACCUGGACAUCAAGUGCUUGAUCAUAAAACUAUAAGGAAGCGUAGGAUUGAGAAGUACAAAGAAGAAGAGGAAAAGCUAAAAAGGUUGGAGGAGGGUGAGGUUGUCUGGAAGGCACCUAAUGAGGGCAACCCACCAUCAAUUUCCAAACUACAAGUACCCAAUACUUCAGGUAUCACGUCAUGUGUUCCCAUACAACCGGCGCAGGUUCCACAAGUCCCUGGGUUGCUUUCAAAUGCUGUCUCCCCAGUUCCAGCUGCGCAGAACAUCUUUGCAGAAGUUGGUGCGCCAACUGUAGAUCUUUGGACGCUCUAUCAGCCUGUUGUACUAAUUCAAACAAUGCAAAACUUCAUAAAGACAAAGCCAUAUACUUGUGGUAAAUGUGAACAGGGGUUCGUGUCAAAGGUUGCCCUAAUCUCUCACCACAGCUCACAUGUUGCAGAUAAAGUCUCUGGCUGCAUAGGAUGCGGGUUGCUGCUGUCGAGCAAAAAGUUAGUGCCUCGUUUUCACGUUUGCAACUCCAACAACCAGAGCAAAUACCGGCUCAUCACCGCAAAACCAUUGAGUUACAAGCCCCGAAGUGGACCCAGGGUUAAAAAGAAUCAGCCUUCCCGUCCACCUCAAGUCACUCCUUCGCAGCAGCUGGAAAACCAAAAUCCAAGUGCAGCUGGAAAGGGGAGUCGGCCAGCUCAUGCCACAGCCACAAAGAAAAAUCUGAAUGUCCGAACAUACAUCAAUAACACCAAUCGAGUACCACACAUCACUGCACCUUUGCAGUUAAAGAGCCAGAAUCCUACUGCAUCUAAACCUUACUCUGGAGUUUCCAUGACAGCAAAGAGUCCAAACAUUGGUGCAUUCUCUCCAGGCAGUCAGAGGAGUCGUGCCAGUCCCGCUGCGGUACAGAAGACACCCGAGGACUCUGCAUCGCAAAGCACCCAAAAUAGCUUCACCUGUCGGGUCUGCCAUCUUCCGUUUGAAAGCGCCCAGCGGCUUCAGAGGCACAAGUGUGUGAAGGCCCAGGAGUUCAUGGCGAAGCACAUGAUGGGUGGCAAACGAGAUUACAAAAUUGUAAAGGUAACACCAAGCUCCCCUCAAAUAAAUGGUGAGAGAACACUGGGAAUUUCAUCUGGCAGCACAAAGAAGCCCCAACACAUGGCUGUCAGUUUGGAUAAAGGGAAAGUAUCGGCCCCUGUCAAUGGAGGCGCAGGAGGGGAGUCUGACGAUGACUGUUUCAUUGUUGAGAGUGGACCUGAAAAGCCUGCUGAGGUUAUUUAUCAAGUAACCUCGUCUGUCCCCAUAAAAAGUUGACUAGUCUAGUGAGGCACGUUGUGUUUGCAUGUCACCGUUUAUGUUGACUACCAAGGGGGCAUCAACGUAUUUCAUCACGCAGGGUCUACAUGCUUCCGAGCUUUCCCCAAACUGCUUUAGGCGUAGAGAAUAGUGGUUCAAAUGCUUCUUUAUUAAGUCAGAUAUCUUUUUCUAAUCAAUUAAAUUUUUGUGUAGAUUGUUCAAGGAGUUUGUGUAAAUUAUGUUCAGCUUCAUGAUAUAUGUGCAUGGUUUAUCCACUGUUGAUGGGGAAACCAGGUACUGUGUAAAAGUCUUAAUCCGGUUUUUAGUCAGAUGAGAAUUUGUUGUGAUGGUGUGGGACUGAACCCUUCAUACCGUGUUCCUACCAGCUUUGAGUUUAUGAAUACAGCAUAUGAUGUAUUAAAGUAUAUUUUCAAA